AUGCCAGAAUUUAAGGAGGAGGAAGAACCAAUUGUGCCGGUUUGGAUAGUUUUACCAGGUUUGCCUCCUAACUUUUAUCAUGAAUCUUUGCUUAAAAUCUUGACAGCUCCAAUCGGUAGAUUUAUUAGGCAUGAUAAUCCCACAAGUUGUGCGACUCUCACUGAUGGUGCGCGUCUCUGUGUGGAGAUGGAUGCGGCCAUUGAGCCUAUUUCCCAUUUUUGGAUUGGAAUGCCGGGGUUGGGUUCCAGUCGAAAGCAGGAGAUUGUGUAUGAAACACUGCCUGCUUUCUGUUCUAUAUGCAAAAUCCAGGGGCACAAUGUGCAUACAUGUCGGGUUGGAAAAAAAAAACCAGAAAAGAAAAUUUGGGUUCGGCAACAACCAAAAGAUGGUGAUCAAGAACCAGAAAUGGAAGAGCCUAUAGAACUAGUAUUGGAAGAGCCUAAAGAACCUGUUAUGGAGGAACCUAGGGUGGAAGACCAAUCCAAGUUGGUUCUUGGGUCUACGGUUUUAGCUUUUCCAAGAAUUAAUGUAGAACAAGUAGAUGCAAAGUACGCGGAUGUUAAUUUGGUUUUAGGGGCCUCUGCUUCUACUUUGAUGAUUGAGGAGUUAGUAGUGGAAACAGAAAUUGGAGAGGCAGUUAAUACAGAGAGUCUUGCUGAGGUGAGGCAAAAUGAUGCUAGUUUGCAUUCGGAUGCAGUGAGGCGAGAGACAAAGCAGGCCACGGAAACAGAGCCUUUGGCGGAGGUGGAAACAGUGUUUACAAAAGAGGCCCAGCAGACUGAUGAUGCAUUUUGUUUGGAAGAAGGGUCAUUAUCGGAUCCGGAACCUGAUAUUCAUGCGGAAGUUUUUUCGCAGGAUAAGGAGUAUCACUCGGACAUAGAGGAAGAAACUGGGAAGAGGAAAUAUAGGAAAAAAAAAUUUCAGAAAAUUAGGAGUUCUAAUCGAGUGAUUACUCGAGCCACAAAAUUGUCCCUAUGA